AAACAUUAAUUUGGCCGGUUUCACUACUGUUACCCGCUAAUGUUGUGCAACUUACGAAUACCCCAAAAAUGCAAAAUUUCCGAAAUAUAUUCAGUGUCAUUGGGGGGAAAGGGUUAAAAUUCCCUGGGAACACCAUUUCACGACCGUUGUCGAACGCGCAAGAAGUGAGUACCAAUUCUAAAGAGAAUCUAAUUGCAAGCAUCAAUGGAAGGCCUCUCUACCUGGAUGCUCAGGCGACGACACCACUGGAUCCUAGAGUUUUGGAUGCAAUGCUACCAUAUUUGACAUCUUUUUAUGGUAAUCCACAUUCAAGAACUCAUGCUUAUGGCUGGGAAAGUGAAAAAGCUGUGGAGAAUGCUCGUUGUCAUAUUGCUGACCUUAUUGGGGCUGAUCCUAAAGAAAUUAUCUUCACCUCUGGUGCAACCGAAUCUAACAAUAUCGCAAUCAAAGGUGUUGCUAGGUUUUAUUCUUCAAAAAAGAAACAUGUUAUAACAACACAAACAGAACAUAAAUGUGUACUUGAUUCCUGCAGGGCUUUGGAAAAUGAAGGAUUUAAAGUUACUUAUUUACCAGUACAGUCAAAUGGGAUAAUCAAAAUGAUAGAUCUUGAAGCUGCUAUAACUCCAGAAACUUGUCUUGUUUCGAUAAUGACCGUUAAUAAUGAAAUUGGUGUUAAACAACCAAUUAAGGAUAUCGGUUUACUGUGCAGGCAUAAUAAAGUAUUUUUCCAUACUGAUGCAGCACAAGCAAUUGGAAAAGUUCCUGUUAAUGUGGAUGAAAACAAUAUAGACCUUAUGUCCAUAAGUGGACAUAAAAUCUAUGGUCCUAAAGGUGUUGGUGUCUUGUAUGUUCGAAGAAGGCCUAGAGUAAGACUGGAACCACUUCAGAGUGGUGGAGGCCAAGAGAGAGGGAUGAGAAGUGGCACAGUACCGACUCCACUUGUCGUCGGCAUCGGUGAAGCUUGUAGAAUUGCCAAAUGUGAAAUGGAGUAUGACCAUGCUUGGAUGGAAAAGCUGUCAAAUCAUUUGAUUCAAAAAAUAAGUGGCAGUCUAACUCAUGUUGUUAGAAAUGGUGAUCCUGUACAUACAUAUCCAGGCUGUGUCAAUUUAUCAUUCGCGUUUGUUGAAGGUGAAUCACUUUUAAUGGCUUUAAAAGAUGUUGCAUUGUCUAGUGGCAGCGCUUGCACUUCAGCAUCAUUAGAACCAUCGUACGUCUUAAGAGCUAUAGGAGCAGAUGAAGACCUUGCUCAUUCUUCUAUCAGAUUUGGACUUGGGCGGUUUACAACAAUCGAAGAAGUUGAUUACACAGCAGAUAAGUGUAUACACCAUGUUAAAAGAUUAAGAGAAAUGAGCCCUCUGUGGGAAAUGGUUCAAGAAGGGAUCGACUUGAAGACAAUAAAAUGGUCUCAGCAUUAAAAAAAGGAACAAAAUACACACAAACACUAUUUACUAGUGAGCUUUCCCUAUUAAGAUUGCUUUUGUUGAUAAAUUAAAAAAAAAAAAUCCA